UUUUACGAUCAUAAUUGUACCUUGCCCUGCCAAGGAAUACAGCCCUGGAAGAGGUUCUAGAGCUGGUGAAAGUGCAGUGGUCAGGCAGGGGCCCUGCCCAGGGCACCCCACCGCAGGAGCCUUAGUCAGGGGGCGGGGGGGGGGCAGCAGGUCCCAGCCCCUGGCUGGGCCAAGAGGGGGACCAGGUCCUUCUACCAACUUCUUGGAGCCUCUGGCCACCCUGGGGGCAGGAGGUUGUGCCUGUCACCCUCUUAGACAAAUGACUGGUUGAGGGGCUGGGAGUUGCUCAAGAGCCACACAGCUGUGAACGGUGGGCUUGAGACCCCAGCCCAGGUGUGGACCCCUCCAAAGCGUGGGUGCGCUGCUCCCUGAGGGCUGGGCCUCCCCCUGAUGGCCCUUCCUAUGGGACAGGGCCUGAGGCUGGUGGCCCGGACUAGGAGCUGCCACCACCCAGGGCCGCAUGCACACGUACAACAACCUGAAAAGCACCCAGGGAUCAAGGUCUCCAGAAUCUGCUGUACCAGGGUACAGGGGAAGGGCAGGGGCCUGAGGGAGCUUUCCCCCAUGUCUGGAAGGAGCCCAGCUGUCCUGCUGUCCAGAAUGCCCUUGACACCAUCAUGUGUGGUCUGACAGAAGCCUGUGAGACGAGUAGGUCAGCCCUUGCCUGACCCAGGCUGCCAGGACAGGAAAUCAGCCAAAUGGUGAGGGUCACUGAGGCAAACCCAGGUUCUCCCAUCUGUCCCCACAGGCUGAGGCCCAGUGAUGUAGAGCAGGGGGUCUCAGCCCAAGAGAUUCUGCCCCCCAGGGGACCUCAGACUCUCCAGAGAUGUUUUUCGUUGCCACACUGGGCAGAGGGCACUAGUGGAAUCUAGUGAGUGGAGGCCAGAGUCACUGCUAAACAUCCUGCAACUCACAGAACAGCCCUCGAAACAAAGAAUGGCAUAGCCCCAAAUGUCAACAGGGCUGAGGUUAAGACCUCCUGAUACAGAGGAGCCCAUGCCUGGGUGCCGGGAGUCUAGCCCAGCUGGGAGAAGGGCUGUGCCCAUUCUGCCUGGAGGGUCAGGGCAGCCAGGGGUCCCCAGGGAGAGUGAACUCAACCAAGGCCUCAAUGAGGGGCGGCAUGGGGUCAGAGCCAAUGUCUCUGCCCAGGUUGGGAACUUGCUCUCCUCCCGACACCCUCCCUAAACUUGGCCUAACUUUCUCUGUCCUCUGCCCUCUCCACCCAGAACACCAAGCCCUGCUCUUAGGCCUGCUGAGACCCUGCCCACCCAGGAAGCCUGCCCAGAGUCCCACCCAGAGGAGGACGGCUCCCUCCUCAACUAAGGGUGGGAGCACCUCGGAUUCCCCCAGGAUCGACAUGGAACUCUGCUCUCAGAACACAGACUUUACAGAGAUGAUGAGAGCCUUGGGAUACCCUCGACAUAUUUCUAUGGAAAAUUUCCGCACGCCAAAUUUUGGACUUGUAUCUGAAGUGCUUCUCUGGCUUGUGAAAAGGUAUGAACCUCAGACUGACAUCCCUUCUGAUGUUGAGACUGAACAAGACCGAGUUUUCUUCAUUAAGGCAAUUGCCCAGUUCAUGGCCACUAAGGCACAUAUAAAACUCAAUACUAAGAAGCUUUAUCAAGCAGACGGGUAUGCAGUGAAAGAACUAUUGAAGAUCACCUCUGUCCUUUAUAAUGCUAUGAAGACCAAAGGUAUGGAAGACUCUAAAAUAGGAGAGGAAGAUAUCAGCAAAUUCAAGUUUGACCUUGGCUCAAAGAUUGCAGAUUUGAAAGCAGCCAGGCAGCUUGCUUCUGAAAUCACUUCCAAGGGAGCAUCUCUGUAUGACUUGCUGGGCAAGGAGGUGGAGUUGAGGGAACUGAGAACAGAAGCAAUUGCCAGACCUCUGGAAAUAAAUGAGACUGAAAAAGUGAUGAGAAUUGCAAUAAAAGAUAUUUUGGUGCAGGUUCAGAAGACGAAAGACCUGCUCAAUAAUGUGGCCUCUGAUGAAGCUAACCUAGAAGCCAAAAUUGACAAGAGGAAAUUAGAGCUGGAAAGAAAUCGGAAGCGACUCCAGACUCUGCAGAGUGUCAGGCCAGCCUUUAUGGAUGAAUAUGAGAAGACUGAGGACGAAUUGCAAAAGCAGUAUGACAUUUAUCUAGAGAAAUUUCGAAAUCUGGCUUAUCUGGAACAGCAACUCGAGGAUCAUCACAGGAUGGAGCAAGAGAGGUUUGAGGAAGCUGAAAACACUCUCCGUCUGAUGCAGAACAAGCUAAAGGAGGAAGAAAAGCGACUGCUCAAGAGCAGAAGUAAUGAUGACUCCGACAUUGACAUCCAGGAGGACGAUGAAUCCGACAGUGAACUAGAAGAGAGACGGCUGUCCAAGCCACGGACAGCCAUGGAGGCGCUCUUGCAAGGACGACCCAGCAAACGCGUUGUGGGCACAAUGCAAGGUGGAGACUCGGACGACGAUGAAGACUCAGAGGACAGUGAGAUUGACAUGGAGGAUGAUGAAGACGAUGACGAUUUGGAGGACGAGAGCAUUGCUCUCUCACCAGCUAAGCCCAGUCAAAGAGUCCGGAAACCUGAGCCCCUGGAUGAGAGUGACAAUGACUUCUGACCUUCUUGCCAAGGGACCCAGGCAGACUAAAACCCUCAGAUUUGUAGGUAAAAGGGAAAUUAAAGGGUCAGAAGGAAAUAGGCAUUUUGUUGGAUAAGCCAGCAGGACUCAUUGUUAAUGAAGUAAAACCUGUUUCCGCUUUAGCCUCCUGUGUGUUACUCUACACACUCCAAAGCUUAAACAAGAACCGGAGCAAACCCCAAAGAUGAUUUUUUUUCCCUUAUCUAUCUCCUAAAACUUGGGAAAUGCACGUGUUCUUAGUGAUUCACAUCCACAGGACAAAACCUUGAGAAAUAACAGCCAACGCUGUGUAAGUCUUGCCCGUUAUUUUUGUCAUACUUUUCCUCUAAAAGUCAGCCGGACCUUCGAGUCCAGACCUGGGGCUAGAACUGGGCACAGGACUCAUUUCAGGAGUUGUGUGGGAGUGUCUGACUAUUCAUCGCAUACAGUUCAGAAUGUUUAUUUUAGAUCAGCUUUUGAUUCUAGCCUUUAUUUUCUUUCUUCUGCAUGCUCACGAUACCAAGCUUUAAAUGUAUUUUACUAAAA